AUGACUCGCAGUUCAUCACCACCUCCAAAGAAAGUCAAGACUGAACAUAAGAAGAAGAAUUUAAUCAUAAAUGCAUUUCUUAUGGGGUCUGCUGGUAACCAGACCAUUAACAAUUGGAGGAAUCCCAAUGAUAGAACUACUGAAUUAUUUUCCAAUCCUAAUUAUUGGACAGAUUUAGCCAAAUUGUUAGAAAAGGGUAAAUUUAAUACAGUGUUUUUGGCAGAUGUUCUAGGACCCUAUGACGUUUACAAGGGACCAUCUAAUUUGGAACCGGUUGCCCGUGUUGGUUCACAAUUUCCCACGUUGGAUCCAAGUUAUUUCAUUCCGUUGAUGGCCGCUGUCACUAAGAAGCUUGCCUUUGGUAUUACAAUUUCUACCAUUAGUGAACAGCCAUACCAUUUGGCAAGAAGACUAGGUACACUUGAUCUAAUUAGUAAUGGUAGAGUCGGUUGGAAUAUUGUGACUUCUUAUUUGAAUAGUGCAGCAAGAAAUCUUUUAAAUGGUGAAAAUUUACCUCCUAAUGAUGUUAGAUAUGCGCGUGCUGAAGAGUAUGUCGAUGUGGUUUACAAAUUAUUUCUGUCGUCAUGGCAGGAAGGUGCCGUCAAAUUAGAUUCAGAAAAGGUUGUCUUUACCGAUCCCAAUGGUUUAAGACAUAUAAACCACGAAGGUGAUCAUUUCAAAGUGCCUGGACCUGCGUUUACUCAACAGAGUGCCCAAAAAUUACCUGUGAUAAUUCAAGCAGGUGUUUCUGCAAAGGGUAAGGAAUUAGCUGCUAGAAAUGCGGAAAUUGUGUUUCUUUCUGCAUUGACACCACAAGAUCUAGAUAAACAGGUUAAAGCGGUUAAAAAGAUUGCAAGUGAAAAGUACCACAGAGAUGUGACAAAGAUUAAAUUUAUCAGUUUAAUCACAGUUAUCCUCGGUGAUACCCAUGAAUUGGCAGAAGAGAAGUAUCGGUACUACAAAUCCUAUGCCGAUGAGGAAGGUGCUCGUGCCAUGUUUUCAGGUUGGACCGGUGUUGACUUGAAUAAAUUUGAAGACGAUGAAACUUUGACCAAUGUGGAUCAAAUUGCAACCGCAUCAGCUGUAAAGAAAUGGCAAAGUGCCUACCCAAGAGUCGAUCGUUGGACCAAAAAAACCAUCGCGGAUGAAAUUAAAGUCGGUGGUAGUGGCGCACUGAUCAUUGGUACACCAGAAGAGGUAGCAGACAAUAUACAGGAAUGGAUUGAUAUCUCCGAUAUCGAUGGUUUCAAUUUUGCAUAUGCAGUUCUACCAGAAACUUACGAAGAUAUCGUUGAGUACUUGUUACCAGAACUACGUAGACGUGGUCUAGCAGCAGAAGAUUACCAACAGGGCUCUCAAGAAAGUGGUUAUUUGACAUUUAGAGAACAACUGUUUGGAAAAAGCACACUAGACAAGACCCAUCCGGCUGAACCACUUACCUGGCGUUCUGGUGAGUCUCGAGAACAACAUGAAAAACGUUAUCCUGAUGCUUUGAAGCGUUUGAGAGGCGAUCUGUAA